CCGUGUCACGCUGAUUCAUCCUGUUCGGCCACGCACUCUGCUGUUGCCGCCGCUGCCGCCGUGUCCAACCGUCCUCCAGGAACGAUCUUCAUGUCUGUUGACAGGAUGUUGUCGGGAGUGUUCGCAAUGGGCAAGUUUCCUGGUGGCUUCACGUCCAAUGCGAACGACGCGGACGGGUCUGGCAACCCCAGGCAUCAUUCAGGUCGAUCGCCCAUGAAUCGAAGUGGCGGUGGUUCGUCUUCGUCGUCGGCAACGUUUUCGAACCGCGAAGUGGACGGGUUCCACGCGCAGGGCGAGGUGGCGAUGCUGGACUUGUUGGAGUACGACGGCGCCGCGUCGUAUCACAAGAUCAGCGACAAGGACAAAUGUGUCUUGUACGAAUGCAGUAGUAGCAGCAGCACCACGACCACCGUCACAGAGGACACGUACUCGGUCAAGGGGGUGCACACCAUUUGCACGCACAUGUCCGAGGUCAUGGAACUUCUCAGCGCCAAAUCGCAGUACUUCUCGAGCGUAUUAACCAAGCUCCUUGGUCCCAUUCACGCAGAUAACUCGCCGCUUUUCCCCGUGGACACCCAUUCGAUCGACGAACAUGCACUGCUGAUCGUAUACCUGGCGCUCCAGUCGUCGUCCACUGCCGCCAUGAACAACGACUUGGCCUCAGCCAGCCACUUUCGAACCAAGGCCACCGCGGCCGGGCACAUCACCCGCGAGUACUGCUUUCUCCGGUACUGCGGGUACUUUACCAACAACAACGAAGCGGGGAGAAUGGAGCGCGUACUGCCGUCAGAACCCCUUCGACCGCAGUCGCAAGCUGUGUCAGUGUGGGACUCGAUUGCGAGCGCACAGAGUUGCACGCCCCACGGCCCCAUCGGUCGGCUGAUCAAAACGGGCUUCAUCCUCGAACAGGCCAAGGCGCCAAAUGCGGUCAAAGUCAACUUUAUCAUGUCCAUGCAUCCCCACAACUAUGCCAACUCGCGCCAACUGGCAUCGGAGAAGCUGUUUCUGCAGCGCAUGGUACGCACCAUGUUGCUCAACGUGUCGGCAGCCGUGAUGGAGCUCCGACUUCUCACAGAUCACUUACUGCUCAAGACAUCGUGGACAGACAGUCCCAUGUGCACGAUCUGCCUCAAGAACUUUUCGCUUCUCCGGCGUAAACACCACUGUCGACUCUGCGGCGAUGCAUUCUGCACCACUUGCUCACUCACGCGGGCGCGGCCAGACUUGGGCGACUCGGUCCGUGUGUGUCAUGCUUGUGUGGAAGGCAACCCAUCCAGUUUGGUGCGGUCGUCCGAGAAGUUGUUUUCGACCACGCAACCAAGCCACCUCUUUCGCCACGCGUCCAUGCACGGGGACAAGGGUACUAGUAGUAGUACUACCUGUACUAGUACUUUCAAGGGUCGGGCGUUGUCGGCUGGUGGGAAGAAGUCGGCAGCGGCGACGACGACUGCUGGGUGGAGUUUGAGUGGCCGAGGUCGAAGCCCCAAAGAAACAGAUCACCACCAGACCGUUCCUUCAGUGUACAUGCAGCAUGGGGGGGCCAUGCACUCGGGCGAGGCGGCGAAACCACCACCGAAAAAGGCCCAGGAUGCAUCACAACAUGAGCACCCGAUGGAAGGAAGUGGGGGGGGGCGACGUUUGAACCCGUCAGACCAACCACGACGCAACUACCCGGCGAUCCCUUCAAAUCCCCUGGCCCACCACCAGUACGACCCGUUUCGCGACGGCCCACGAUCGAUUCCGUCCCAGCAAGUCCACCGGCGCCAUCCAGACCAUCGCCCUCUAGGGACCCGACACGUGGCAAGCCCCCGAAACCCCCCAAAUACCUUGGACAACAACGAUGACAAUAACAUGUAUCCAGGGAAUGCCAGUCCAACACGCCGCCGUGGAAAUCAACCGACGACUAGCCAUCAAGCGCAACCCCACAGUCCGCCACGUAUGGUGCGCGAGGACAACGAAGACAACGAACGACUCCAUGGACUUCAUUCUUUUCGUCCCCCCACAGUAUUGUACGAUGGCUCGUCGUCCCAUUUUCGUCCGCCGCAGACUCGAAGGGGGUUGGCAGAUCCACCGCUGAACGACGACGACGAAGACCACCUGCAGUACAACGUCCCAGACCCGGUCGUGCUCGACCAGGACUCGCACCCGUCAGCGUUUGAUUUUGAUCUGCGACACCGUGACCACCAUCACCACCCCCAUAUCCCUCCGAGUAUGCGAACCACACCGCCCACUCCUUUGUACCCAGACCCACAGCCAGAACCCCCAGUGGACGACACGUCCCAAUUCCUGUAUCACAGCACGCCGUUCUCAUACCCGUUGAACUUUUAUAACGGCAACGCAUGGCCAGACGCGCCGGUCACAGCAUCCGAGGACGAGCGCAUGGAGCGGGCGCGGGACCUGGACCUCCUCCGCCGCCGAGAUGACAUCCUCAUGUACGUCCGGAUUGCGGCCAAGACGCUCAAGUGCCCCGUGGCCACGCUGUGCAUCGUGGGGGGCCAAGCCGGCCUGCUCAUUGCCAAAGUCGGGGGGGUCACUACCGACACGAUUCCCCGCCAAGUGAUGCUCGAAAGCCACGCGAUUCUAUCGCCAGAGCCGACAGUCGUGCUCGACUGUCUCUCGGACCUCCGCUUUGCCACGAAUCCCCUCGUGUGCGAAGGUGACAUUGGCAUCCGCUUCUAUGUCGGCAUGCCGCUGUGCACGUCGGAUGGACUUGUUCUUGGCGUGCUCAGCCUCGUGGACACGCAGCCGCGGGACCGCGUCCGCAUCGCGGAGCUCCAAAAGCUGCGCCAGGUCACCGACACCGUCAUGCACAGGUUUGAGGACUUGUCCGUCGGGACGACGAAGACUCGAUGGGACCAACAGGCCGCCUUCCAGCGCCAGUGCGAGAUGGACCUCGAACUCGACUAAGCACCCACACCCCGAGAGCGAGUAUAUGUUGACAUCCAUUAACAUGUUCAUUUUGGCCCACAUGACGAG